AUUAUUUUUACCUUUUAUUUUUGCGGUCUCUUGAAAUAAUAUGUCUCAGCUUCUCUGCCAUCUCUCCAAGCUCUCUUCCCGGAACAACGAUGUUUUGAUACACAAGAGCGUUCGUUUAUUCUCCACCAGCCCGUACUUGACACUUGGUACUAGGGUUAAGCAAGUUUUGCCGGGCGGUUGCAACAUUGGAGAUGUUCUCUUGUUCGACCCGGUCAAAGAAGAAUUAGUCACGGUCCCGUACAAAACAAUCCCCAAAGAGCUCAUGGACGAAGAAAUGAUUGGAGCUUCCCAUGGAUGGGGAUUUUUCCGUGACAGGCGAGAUCGUUCCGUACGUAUCAGCGACAUUUUCAAUCCUUUGGCAUCCAAAUCGAACCCCACCGUGAUUCCUCUGCCUCGGCUUACUGCUCUGUUCUGUGGACAAACCGAGCAAGUCUGCAAUGUAGCAAUGUCGUCUUCUUCUCCUUUUGGUGAGGAAGACUGUGUAGUGGCCAUCAAGUUUUCGGGUCGCCAGAUGAGUCUGUGCAGGCCCGGUCGUGACCUUGAGUGGACUAACAUCUUUACCCCUUUCCACUGCUGUGAAAACUCAAAUCUCAUGUAUUCAAAAAGAGACCAGAGAUUAUACUUGCCUUCUCCUGGAGGCAAUUACCUGUUCUCCUAUCAUCUCCACGCCAAAACAGAAGACCACCCUGAGCUCCAUGAGUUGGUCUACCGCGGCCAUCCAGAGUUGGAUCAUUCCGAGUGGGAGCUUUUGGAUUCGUGUUCCAGGAGGGAAUACUUUGUGGAGUCACCGUCUAGUGGUGAACGUUACCUAGUCAAAUGGUACGCACAUGGCUUCUACUCAUCGGUGUUAAAAGGAAUUGACUACAAAACAAAGAGGUUCAUGGUGUUUAGAGAGGAGGAGACGACGGAGGGAAAAGCCAUGUGUUACACAGAGGACAUUGAAGAAAUGUGCAUUUUCCUUGCAAGCAACGAGGCUUUAUGCAUCCCGGCUAGCUCCUGCCCGGGCCUCAUCCCUAGCACCAUCUACUUUAUGGGACGUGGCUUUGGUUCUUACCAUCUCACUACCGGAGACACACAUCAUUACGAAGCUCCCGGUGGCCUUGUCAACACCCCUUACUGGCUUCCUCCAUUUUCUAUCUAUCGAAUCUCGGAUGGGUUGUAUGUGACACAGCUGAGCAAUCCAAACCGGCUGAGAGAAACUAACAUCAACGAACUAGGUAGAAAAUGGAGGAAUCCCGAAAGGGAGGAAAGGAAUCUUUGGUGGUGCACCUUUGGGAUGAUCAAAUUGACGAACGGUUCCGGCGGUGAGAUCACAAACAGCAAAGCAACGGCCCAUCAAGUAGAUGGAGUUGGGCUUGAGACCAGGGCAAGUGCUCGCCACAACGCAGAAAGGAUCGCUCUUUGA